AUGGCAGAGAGCAGCAAUUUUAUUUAUGAUUACUUAAUUAAAAACUUUCUUAAUUUUCAGGCAACAUUUGCAUCAAAAAUAGAAAUAGAAAAUGGCAAAAUGAAAGUCACAAGAGAAAUUGAUGGAGGUCUAGAAAAUAUAACCGUAACGCUUCCGGCAGUCUUGAGUGCCGAUCUUAGACUCAACGAGCCUCGAUACGCCACUCUUCCAAAUAUAAUGAAAGCAAAAAAGAAGCCUCUGGAUAAGAAAAAACCUUCAGAUUUGGGAGUGGAUAUAACUCCCAGAAUCGACAUUAUAUCAGUGGAAGACCCUCCCGUAAGAGAAGCUGGAGCUAAGGUGGAGUCCGUUGAUGAAUUAUUAGCAAAACUUAAAGAAUUUGGAAGAAUAUGAUGAUGGUGAAAAUGAGAUAGAUUAUCAAUAUAAUGUUAUCCAUAAUUUGAUUAUUAAGGUACCAAAUGUUUUGAAUAUAGCUAACUCAAAUUGUGAAAUUUUUUUGUAAUAAAAUCAUUUACAAAAGAAG